AUGGCGGAAAAGAUGGAGGAGUUAAUUUUAAUCGAUGCUGAGAGUAACACUGAGUAUAAACUCAGUGUUUCUGUAGAAGAUGCUAAGAAAGCAAGAAGUAAAACAGAAAAACUGUUUAUUGUUCAUCAAGUAGCUGAAAAUAAAGAAAUUUUGGAAAAUAAGAAAACAGAUGGUACUACAAUACAAGCAAAAAAUGCUGUAUGGGAAAAUAUUCGUAAAUCUUUUUGUAGUCAAGGCUUCACGCCCAAAAGUACAAAGCAACUAAAGAAAUGUUGGGAUAACAUAAAACAAAAAAGUAGGCAACAAAACACGAUACUACGACAAAAUCAAUUGUUAACCGGUGGAGGUCCUCUUACGCCCGAAGAGACGAAUGUUGUUACAGACGUAGCGCAAGCUACUAUUCCAAACAUAGACGUAGAGUUAGAAAACAAAUGGGAUAGUACUGCAGUAUAUGAAAAAAAAGUUACUACAGCAACAUUAGAUGGAAAUGGAUCAUCCAACUCUUUGCAUGAAGAAGAUUCAGACAUUGAUGUGUAUGAGACUGCUAGUACUUCCAAAGCUUCCUGCAGUACAAGACUAUUAGAAAGAGGAAAUACUGAAGCCAUUAAUAAGGCAUCACCUAAGAAUAAUAAAAGGGUGUUGAAAUCACGCAAUGACAAUGUAUUGCACGUUACGUCUAAAAAAAUAUGCAACUGCAAUGAUAUGUUAUUAGAACUGCAGGUUGAAAAAGUUAAACACAACAUAGAACAACAAAAGGAACUUCAUGAACAAAGAAUGAAAGUAGCAACGGCCGAAACAAAAUUGGCUGUUUUGCGAGUUCUGGCAAAGCAGGAAAUAAACGAUAAAAGUACAAAAUAA